AACAACGACAGCAGCAACAGCAGCAACUACAGCAGCAGCAACAGCAGCAACUACAGCGACAACAACAACAACAACAACAACAGCAGCAGCAGCAGCAGCAGCAGCAACAUCCACAACCAUCUGCCAAUAUGGGGGGCGGAGCUAAAACAUCGCCUGGCAUCUCGAACCCUCGCCUGCUGGACGAGGCCACGUCGUUACUCUCCGACGACAACAUGAAACUGGCAAGCUUCUUCGUUGAUGAUGACGCUUCGCAAGGGCCUCAACACAUGGCCGACCCAGCCAUGGGCGCCGCUUCCAACAACAUCUGCCCCCCGGUACCAGUAAACGACAUGAGUGUUGGUAUGGCGUCCCUGAACCCGACCACCGCCGCUUCUAAUCGGCGAGGGUCGGACGACAUGAUGCCACAAUUGACCGAAUGGAAUGAGCAGGAUUUGAUCUGGCAUCCGCAGUCCUCUUUCCUGGAGGAUGGGACGGCGAUGCACAGUCUGCCACCCAACAGUGCGGCCAACAAGAAGAUCAAUGAAGCAGAACCCGCGGCUAUCUUGUCAGAAAACAGGCCUGGCAGCCAAGAUCCCUUCCAGGGCGCAGGGGAGAGCACAGAAGGUCAUCACAGCGUAGCGCCGUCGAAGAAUGUGAACAGCGACGUUGAAUAUGCCGUCACCUGCCAAAGGGGCAAGCUCAAGACGCUGUUGAGCCACCUCAUGGAUGCAGCCAUGUCGGAAGGCGCGAUGUUGGUGGCCGAGGAGCACCCGGUCACGGUCACACUGAAGCUGAAGGUUUGAGACCAUACCUAAGUACAAGAGUGGAAUCCCGCUGUACGAUAUACAUCAUAUAUAUAUGAUAACAUGGAACCCUGCGAGGCUCUAUCUCUGCAUACCCACAAACCUAUCCUUGUCAUAGGCGACUCUUCUUGUAGAACUUGUGAAAGGAUACUAUGUGGAGAGAGGCGAGUCUUCGUAAGGAAUGGAUGGCUGGUCGGAUAUAUAUGGUAGCUUAGUUUCAGGUACCGGCACAGCCCGUAAAUGGACCUCAACCCCGAUAUCAUAGUAAACUGUUCAGUUGCAGGAAGCUGAUGUCCUUCGCGAGGUGCAAGGAACCUCAAAAUUGCGCGAUGCAGAUGAUGCCAAAGUAUAAAUAUUACUUUCU